AAUGAUACGUCGAGUAAUUGGGGUUAGACCAUUUAGACCAUUUAGAUCAUUAUUAGUCCAAUCCAUAAGAAACAAGAUGUCUAAAAGUGACGAAGAAUGGAGAGCAAUACUUUCGCCUCAACAAUAUAGAGUAUUGAGACAACUGGGUACUGAGGCACCAUAUUCUGGAGAAUAUAAUGAUACGCCAGCCUCAGACGUUGGAGUAUAUCAAUGUGUUGGAUGUAAUCAAGAUUUAUAUAAAGCCAGUACCAAGUUUAAUAGUGCAUGUGGAUGGCCAGCUUUUUACGAAGCAAUUCCAGGAAGUAUUAUAAUUAAUCGAGAUACUAGUUUUGGGAUGGUUAGAGAAGAAAUGAGAUGUUCUAAUUGUGAUGGACAUUUAGGACAUAUAUUUAGAGGAGAAGGAUAUAAGAAUCCAACUGAUGAGAGACAUUGUGUUAAUAGUAUUUGUUUAAAGUUGAAUAAGUAAUUUAUAUACUAGAAUAAAUUAAAU